AAAUGGAAGUCCAUUUCCAUGGUCAUAGGAGGAAGGUAGGAGAAGAUGGAAAAGAAGGCAAGGGAGAGAGGUAGACGCCAGAUAUGGACAUGGGGAUUGAAUUGAGAAUUGAUUGCGCACAAAAUAAUAUGCAAGUUUUUUGUUUUUAAUUUUCUGACCAUUUUUAUUUUUUAGAAAUGGGAACAACUUAAAAAACUCCGAAAACGCCUCCUCCUUCCUUCUUCCCUCACCUUUCUUCUUCUUAGUUCUUCCCUCUUUCCCAUCGCUGCAGAUUCGUUUAUUUACUUCUUUCCCUUUUCGUUUAUUUCUAAUCUCUCCCUCUCCUUCUGCUCCUUCCUCUUCUUGUUUCUUUCACCUUGCUGUAUACUGAAGCCCAACACCCUGUUUCAACUUCCCUUUCUCGGUCCCCAUCAUAAUAAUUGUACAGUUUCGAAUCUUUCCAGCGGUUAGCAAUUCACCCAGAUCAGUUCUGCCACCAAAUACUGAAGAAGACCCCCUUUUACGUAUUGUCUUUGGCAGGAAGCUAAACGAGUCAAGAGUCUUCAUCAGUCCUUUGUUUCCUAGAGAACACUACAAGGUUCAAAUUUCUUCUCCAGCUUGUUUGAGCUGUGGUUGAUAUUGGGAUAACAACAAAUCCUGUAGCUCCCUGGAUUCUGGGAACUCAGUUGUUGUUAAAUCCGCGAAGACAUGGCCGGGGUACAAGAUCAAUUAGAGAUCAAAUUUCGAUUGACAGAUGGAUCAGAUAUUGGUCCCAAAAGCUUUCCCACUGCUGCAAGUGUUGCAACUUUGAAGGAAACCGUUCUUGCUCAAUGGCCUAAAGAGAAAGAGAAUGGUCCACGGACGGUGAAAGAUGUGAAGUUGAUAAGUGCAGGAAGGAUAUUGGAGAACACACGAACCAUAGGGGAAUGUCGCAGUCCUCUAUGUGAUGUUCCUGGUGGGGUCACAACCAUGCACGUAGUUGUUCAACCCCCAUCAAUAGAGAAAGGUAGGAUUUUGUGUUCACUUCAAGAAACUCUGAUUCUGCCAGAAGUUAUAUUUGCAUUUAAAGAAACUUCUCAAACCACACGCAUCUCGCACUUUUUUGUAUGGAUUGAGAACCCUGAGCUUGGUGAUGGUUCAUCUCACUUGACGUUAAUCUUUGUGACUAUACACAGGCUGCUAUUACUUCCUUCAUGAUAAGAAAGCAGCACACCUACCAAAACAAAACAAGUGUGUUUGCGUCAUUUUAUAAUUGGCAACAGUAAAGCAGAAAGAACAGUCAGAGUUCCAGGUAAAAAAGACAUUGGAGCUGUUACAGAUGAACAUUUCUGUGAAUUGGUUUUCAGGGGCAUUGGGGUCAUCAGGAAGGCGCAUUUGUCACAGGGUCUUUUACUUGAGGCGCAAGCUUUGCCUCCUACAAAGAAACAGUUGUGUGUGUCUCUGUCAAUUCAGUAUACAAUGAUUGUGAUAAUGUGGGCAGGGAAUGAAUUGGAUUUACACUUGUAUGCAAGCGAACUACGGCCAACAGGUUUCCUUUUUUGUGGUCAAGUCACUUUCUCAUUGAUAUGCACUAUCCGUUCGACGGUUUUGGGUUCUUCCCAAAACCAGUACCCAAAUUCAUUUCGGUUGUUGAAAGAGUUACAUGGUUGAAUCGGAUGUAGGAUGCAUCUUUUUCUGAUAAUUUGUGAAUUAAUGCAAUGCUAUACAUUGAGCUGCGAGUUCAGUUUUUAAGUGUGGUUAACAAACG